AUGGCUCCCACAGCAUCUAUCGAGAUCAAGAAAAGGCAACUUUCUGCCACAGAUGUAGAAGGUGAAUGCAAAAAACCUAAUAUUCAAAGUGAGGCAAGUAAACCACAGCCUAAACAAAGAAAGACUAAGGUAGUUAAAAGAAAAUACAAAGCGAAGGAUGUGGAUGCUACUUCGCCAUUAGGAAUAUUACAGCAUGAGAUUAAGGAGUUCUUGACGGAAUAUGGACUUGAAGAAAAUCAAAUUUCCAAUGAUAUGCCAUCAAUUUUGAAUGAUCCCCCUAUCGAAGCAAAAUACCAUAGGAAUGUGAGUGAUGUCGAGGUGGUCAAAUUAUCAUCUAAUGGGGACGGUUUAGCUAUCAUUCCACAUCCAACCAAAGAGGAUGGUAAGCAGGUGUGUUUAGUGCCAUUUGGGUUGCCUGGUGAUAAGGUUGAUAUCAGAGUAUUUAAGUCGCAUCCGUUGUAUGUCGAAUCUGAUUUGCUUAAAGUAAACGAAGGGUCUCAGCAUAGAGAUGACUCGUUAAUUAAGUGCCGUUACUUUGGUAAAUGUUCUGGAUGUCAGUAUCAAAGUGUCGAUUAUAAGCAACAAUUGGUCUUUAAGAAGCAAACCAUCGAAAAUGCAUACAAGUAUAUGGCGCCAAUCUUGUCGAAAGCUGACAACGGAUUACCAUUAGUGAAAAACACGGAAGCAUCGCCACUUCAAUAUGGAUAUAGGACAAAGUUAACCCCGCAUUUCAACUUACCAUACACCAAGCCAAAAGAAUACCCUCCUCCUAGUUUAGGGUUUGGGGCUAAGGGUAGACCUACCUGGAGACCUGAAGCAGAAGGUGGAAAUUUUUCGAUCUUGGAUAUCGAAGAAUGUACGAUUGGUACGGAAAUCAUCAACAAGGGAAUGUCAAAUGAAAGAAGUAGAUACUUACAAGACUAUAUGAAAUAUAAGAAGGGAGCUACCAUUUUGUUGAGAGAGGAUACAAACAAGGUCACCGAAGAAGAGCCAGUAGAGCAGAAACCUGCAUCUACUGAUCCAGAAGGCUCUGUGUCUUCAGUGACAUUAGAACUUGAUAAUGGUGACAAAUUGCGCAAGACAUGCGUCACUAGCUCUAGACAGAUUGUCACUGAAUAUGUCAACGGGUUCCAGUUCCAAUUUUCGGCAGGGGAGUUUUUCCAAAAUAAUAACUCGAUUUUGCCAAUUGUGACCGAUUAUGUCAAGUCCAACUUGCAAAUACCGAACUCAAAUGCCGAUGAACCAAACUAUUUGGUGGAUGCGUAUUGUGGAUCGGGACUCUUUUCUAUAACAUGCUCGCAAGGAGUUUCUCGUGUCAUUGGUGUUGAGGUUAGUGCCGAUUCCGUCAAGUUUGCCGAGUUGAACGCCAAAAACAACCACAUCGAAAAUGCUACAUUCAUUGUGGGCAAGGCCGAAAAAAUCUUUGGCAACAUUGAUACUCCUGCCGACAGAACUGCAGUCAUCUUGGACCCGCCAAGAAAAGGAUGUGACGAUGUGUUCUUGAACCAGUUGUCAGAGUACCAUCCGGCCAGAAUCGUGUACAUCAGCUGUAACGUCCACUCGCAGGCCAGAGAUGUCGACUGGUUCAUCAACAAGACCAAACAUGGCCAAGACUACUUUGUGGAGAGCAUCAAGGGCUUUGACUUCUUCCCCCAGACUCACCACGUUGAGAGUAUUGCGGUAUUAGCUUUGAAGAACUAG